AUGAGUGGUAGAUGUACCGAACUCGUUUGCCUUCCUUCGUCGGAUAGCAUAGACAUCAGUACGCGUUCUACGAAAUUGCGAAGCAAACAUAUACAGAGAGAGAGAGAGAGAGAGAGAGAGAGAGAGAGAGAGAGAGAGAGGGAGAGAGAAGAGAUCAACGACGUGCUCAAUAUAGACAAGUGCACACAAUCGUUCACCGGAACAUUCUUCAAGCUUAAAGGCCACUCCUUUUACCGGUGA